AUGUUAUCUUAUGAGAAUGCUCUAUUCACUGUUCAAGUAAUCAGGAAGCAUUUCUUUAAAGACAAAAACUAUUCUUUAUAUUUGUUCCCUGAUGAACUUGUUAUGACUGAUGUAUAUUACACUUUUUAAUCAAUUAGGACAUCACCAAAUAACCUAAAUACAAUCUUAAGAUGAAUCUUACUACAACCAUAAAGUGGAUUCUUGAAGAAAAACGUAUAAUAGGUUUCGAAUUUUCAUAUAAUAAUGGAUAUAAGAUAGUUUAUGGACCCAAACUAAAUUUAUUAAAGGAAAUGAUUGCUGGUAAAAUAUUUUAUCAGCCAAUUCAUUCUUUUUAUCAAUUCUAAAUGGAAAUGGGAAGUGGUAUGACAGGAUCAGUUUACAGAUGUGUUGCUGCAGACAAUUCCAAUUUAUACUAUGCCAUUAAAAAAAUAGAUAAAUUAAAGAUAGCUCAACAUGAAGGUGGAAUAGUAACAAUAUUCAUCAUUAUUAAAUUUAUUAGCCAUAAUUAGUUCAUGAACUAUCUCUCUUAUCUACACUAUCACAUCCAAACAUAGUCAAACUCAAAGAAACUUAUGCUGACAAUUAAUAUUAUUACAUUAUCAUGGAAUAUAUCAAUGGUAGAACCUUAUAUUCUGAGCUCUCUAGCAGGUAAUAUGGGUUAUCCAUUACAGAAACCAUCAAAAUUAUGAGAGUAAAUUACUUUCUAAUAUAUUUUUAGGAACUCUUGGAGGCCAUUUCCUACAUACAUGAUAAAGGUGUAAUGCAUCGUGAUAUCAAUCCUCUCAAUAUAAUGAAAGCUGAUACAGUAAAGUUAAUAGAUUUUGGCUUGGCAAGGAAAAUAAAAAACCAACUGAAUUUUCCAACAUCAGGCACACCUGGUUACAUGGCACCAGAAAUAAUCAAUUAUAAUAAAGAUAAAUAAUAUGAUGAAAAAGCUGAUAUCUAUAGUCUUGGAUGUCUACUUUAUAAACUGUAAAAAAAUUUGAUUAAUAUUUAUUAGAUUAACAGGAGAAAAUCUUUUUAGUAAUAAAUCAGCUAAAUUAACUAUUUAUUAAGUUAACAAAGAAGGAUUUUUCGAAUUGAAAAAGCAACCUUAACAUCCUGAAGUUAAUUCAAUGAAAAUGGAAUAAUUAUUUAUCUUAUUACCAUAUAUGCUUGAAAAUGAUCCGUAAAUUCGUUUAUCUGCUAAGAUAUGUCUUACAAUAAUUGAAGAGAUUGAUAACAAUAAUCAAAAUAUAGAAAGACUUAUUAAGAAAAUAUUACUUAGAAAAUCUCUCAAUACUACAACUAUUGAAGAAUAAAGAAGUUGUGAAAGACUAUCGAAAGGAAAGAAUGCAAAAUAAUCUAUUGAAGGAAUCUCUAAAAAAAGCUUAGAUGAACUCUCAAUCUUUACAAAAAAAAUUAUGGUUUAGAAUCAAUAAAAAGUCAUUCUCCCUCAUAAAAAGUAAACUUGA